CGCCAUGGAUGAUGGACCGCGCUCAAUUCAUUCACAACCAUGUAUUAUCCCCUCGCUGCCGUCUCCUUGGCCGGCGCCCACUGCUCCCCCGCCGUCCUCCUCCGCCGCUCCUCCUCGAGGACACCGCCGCCGCCACGGAGGCAGAGCAGGCGAAGGUCCACGUCCAUCGCCGCCGUCUCCGUCCAAGCCGAUGACUUCUUCACCGUCGACUUCGACCCCGACGAGUUCCAAGACCCUGAUUCCAAUGAUGACGGGUCGCCCUGGGAGGGUGCGCUCGUGUACCGCCGCGACGCCGCUGUGCACCACCUCGAAUACGCCACCACCCUCGAGCGCCUCGGCCUCGGGGACCUCUCCUCCACCGAAUCCCGCGCGCGCGCCGCCGCCAUGGGAUUGGCCAUCCUCCGCUCCUCCAACAAGGCGGAUGCGGAAGAGACCCCCGUGCUCGUCUCCGUGGACGUCACCAGGCGCCGCGGCCGCCUGCGCCUAGACGGCAUCGUGCGCACCAUCAUCACCCUCGGCUGCUUCAGGUGUGCUGAGCCAGCCCCUGAAGGUAUAUUUGCGAAUUUUUCCCUGUUAUUGACAGAAGAUCCAGUAGAGGAACCAGACGUGGUUGAUCUCGGCACGAUAUUUGAAGAAGAUAUUGCUAAAGAUCCUUCGUUAACCGGCAGCCAAGUUGAAGGCGAUGAAGAUAUUGACUGGGAUGACCGCCUGCAUUUCCCAGCUGGUGAGAGGGAGAUCGAUAUCUCGAAGAACAUCCGGGAUAUCAUUCACCUGGAGAUCACGAUGGAUGCCUUCUGCAGCCCCACUUGCAAAGGUCUCUGCCUUGUCUGCGGCACAAACCUGAACACGAGCAGCUGUAGCUGCAGCAGAGAGAAACCACAGGAGCCAAAGGACGUCGAGCAACGGGGACCUCUGAAGGAAUUGUUAAAACCUAUGCAACGUAAAUGAUGCAACGACCGUAUGAGACUUUUGUGUUGUGAUAUGUAAUGACUAGAAUUAGCAGCUUGCAGUGUUCCAGGGGAGUACCCAGUUAUGUGAGCUCAUCUCGUACUAUAGAAUACUGCAGUAUUGUACUAUUGUUAGGCUAUGGAUGGAUCCGUUCAACGUCUUAUCCUUAGUUUUUUCAGUUCAA